AUGGCGACGGCGCAGGAAAAUCGCACCCACGCAAACACAGAAUCAGAUAGUCUGGAGUCUCUCGGCGGAGUGGAGCCGUUACAACAAGACGAGCAGCCUCAUGCUGGGGCCCACAUCAAUCCUUACGAACACAUGAAAUUCCAACUCAACCCUGACAACACUAUCACGCGGUUGUCGGAGCUCCCCACCCUUGCAGCAUCGGUUGACGAUCCGUUGGGGGACACAAGAGGCAUUUUGAGCAAAGACGUGACCUUCAACAAAGAAAAGAAAACCUGGGCUCGUAUCCUCCGCCCCAAACCGUCCGACCUCGAGCCCGGCGAGCGCCUCCCUCUCGUCAUAUACUUCCACGGCGGUGGUUUCACAACUUUCACCGCCGGCACCGUCUUCUGCAACAAUCUCUGCGAGCGCGCCGCUCGAUUAGUCCCAUGCAUUUUUGUCUCCGUGAGCUACCGUCUUGCACCGGAACAUCGUCUCCCGGCGGCUUACGAAGACGCAGAUGAUGCGUUGAUGUGGUUGAAGGAACAGGCGUUGGACACAGAGAACGGCGAGCCUUGGCUUAGGGAGCUCGCUGACUUCUCCCGGAUUCUGCUCUGUGGCUGGAACAGUGGAGCCAACGUGGCAUUCCACGCGAGAUUGAGGGCGUUGGAUCUGGAUCUUGGUCCACUGAAAAUCCUCGGAGUCAUGAUGACUCAGCCUCUGUUCGGUGGGAUGGAAAGGACCCAAUCCGAUUACAAAUACGCCGACGAUCAGAUGCUGCCGUUGACGGUGAAUGACCUGAUAUGGGAACUGGCCUUACCCGUCGGAGCUAACAGGGACCAUGAGUACUGCAACCCAUGGGGUAGCCCCGGCAUCAUUCAGAAGCUUCGGAAUAUGGGGAAGGUUCUGGUGAGAGGGUAUGGAGGGGAUAUCACCAUUGAUCGACAGAGAGCCCUGGUGGAGUUGCUGGUGAAGAAUGGGGUUCAGGUCGUGGCUCACUUCGAUGAUAUAGGCUUCCAUGGUAUCGACCUCAUCGAUUCCCGAAGGGCUGUGGCUACCCUCAAUUACUUGAAGGAUUUCAUUAAUUCUACUUCAUCCAAGCCCAAGCCAAAUAGGCCUCUCACCCACUGCCACUCCCACUCUCGCUCUCACUCCCAAUCCCACUCGUCCCCCGUGCCAUACCCCUCCAAGUAA